AGAGGAGGGGGCCCGGGCAGCGUCCGGACUGGGCGGUGACCUGGUCGAGGAAGUUCUGUUCGGUCAGCGACCGGACCCGGGAGCUGCGGGUGGGCCAGGUGUCGCGCCUUAGGAACCGCAGGAGCCGCCAUAGCCGCUGGCGCCCCGCCCCGCCUCCUCUGCCCGCGCUCGCCGGCCCAGGUUACCUGAGGCCGGUGGGCGGGGCGGCCCUUCCCGUCUGCGCCGGCCCCCAGCCUCCAGGGCGGCGGAGUCGGGAAGUGGGAGAGGGAGCGAAGGAGGCGGGGACUGCCGAGGCUCCAGCCCAGCCGGGCUCCAAGGCGAGAGGCUGCAUGGAGCGGCCGGCGCGGCUCUGCGGGCUGUGGGCGCUGCUGCUCUGCGCAGUCGGCAGGGGUGGGGGCGCCGCGCCCACCGAAACUCAGCCACCUGUGACAAAUUUGACUGUCUCUGUUGAAAACCUCUGCACAGUAAUAUGGACAUGGAAUCCACCAGAGGGAGCCAGCCCAAAUUGUAGUCUAUGGUAUUUUAGUCAUUUUGGUGACAAACAGGAUAAGAAAAUAGCUCCAGAAACUCAUCGUUCAAAAGAAGUGCCCCUGAAUGAGAGGAUUUGUCUGCAAGUGGGAUCCCAGUGUAGCACCAAUGAAAGCGAGAAGCCUAGCAUUUUGGUUGAAAAAUGCAUCUCACCCCCGGAAGGCGAUCCUGAGUCUGCUGUGACUGAGCUUCAAUGUGUUUGGCAUAACCUGAGCUACAUGAAGUGUUCAUGGCUCCCUGGAAGGAAUGCCAGUCCUGACACUAACUAUACUCUCUACUAUUGGCACAGCAACUUGGAAAACAUUCAUCAAUGUGAAAAGAUCUAUACAGAUAACCAAUACUUUGGUUGUUCCUUUGAUCUGACCAAAGUGAAGGAUUCCAGUUUUGAAAAAAACAGUGUCCAAAUAAUGGUCAAGGAUAAUGCAGGAAAAAUUAGACCAUCCUUCAAAAUAGUGCCUUUAACUUCCCGUGUGAAACCUGAUCCUCCACAUAUUAAAAAGCUCUUCUUCCACAAUGGUAACCUAUAUGUGCAAUGGGAGGAUCCACAGAAUUUUAUUAGCAGAUGCUUAUCUUAUGAAGUAGAAGUCAGUAACAGCCAAACUGAGACACUUGUUUUCAACGUUAAGGACGAAGCUAAAUGUCAGAAUCCAGAAUUUGAGAGAAAUAUGGAGAAUACAUCUUGUUUCAUGGUCCCUGGUGUCCUUCCUGAUACUUUGAAUGCAGUCAGAAUAAGAGUCAAAACAAAUGAAUUUUGCUAUGAGGAUGACAAACUCUGGAGUAAUUGGAGCCAAGAAAUGACCAUAGGUAAGAAGCGCAAUUCCACGCUCUACAUAACCAUGUUACUCAUCGUUCCCGUCAUUGUUGCAGGUGCAAUCAUAGUACUUCUGAUUUACCUAAAGAGGCUCAAGAUCAUUAUAUUCCCUCCAAUUCCUGAUCCUGGCAAGAUUUUUAAAGAAAUGUUUGGAGACCAGAAUGAUGAUACUCUGCACUGGAAGAAGUACGACAUCUAUGAGAAGCAAAUCAAGGAAGAAACCGACUCUGUGGUGCUGAUAGAAAACCUGAAGAAAGCCUCUCAGUGAUGGAGAUAAUUUAUUUUUUACCUUCAAUGUGACCUUGUGAAGAUUCUUCCCAUUCUCCAUUUGUUAUCUGGGGACUUAUUAAAUGGAAACUGAAACUACUGCACCAUUUAAAAACAGGCAGCUCAUAAGAUCCACAGGUCUUUAUGUUGAGUCGUGCACCAAAAAACUAAAAAUAAUGGGCCCUUUGGAGAAGAGCGUGGAGUCAUUCUCAUUGAAUUAUAAAAGCCUACAGGCUUCAAACUAGGGGACAAAGCAAAAAGUGAUGAAAGCAGUAGAGUUAAUCUUAUCAUGAGUUGUGAUAACUUCCUAAGGGAUCAAUACUUACGUUGUGUAAUUUGUAGGGGAACUCAUUUUGGGUGCAAAUGCUAAUGUCAAACUUGAGUCACAAAGAACAUGUAGCAAACAAAAUUGAUAAAAUCUAAUAUCUAUUGUCUGGGAUCCCAUUGAACCAUGUUUGUGGCUAUUAAAACUCUUUUAACCAUCUGGGCCCAGUGCAGUGGCUCACACCUAUAAUCCCAGCACUUUGGGAGGCCAAGGUGGGCAGAUCACUUGAGGUCAGGAGUUUGAGACCAGCCUGGCCAAAAUGGUGAAACCUCGUCUCUACUAAAAGUACAAAAAUUAGCCAGGUGUGGGUGUAUGUGCUUGUAAUCCCAGCCACUCGAGAGGCUGAAGCAAGAGAAUCACUUGAAGCUGGGAGGUGGAGGGUUGCAGUUACCAGAGAUCAUGCCACUGCACUCCCGCCUGGACAACAGAGCAAGACUCUGUCUCAAAAACAAAACAAAACAAAACAAAAAAAUCUCUUAAUAGUCUGGAGCCAUCAUUUCCUCUGACAGCAUUUUCCUCCACUUUGAAAGCCCCAGAAAUCAGUGUUGUCCAUGAUGAUAACAACUACAGAAAAGGCAGAGGCAGCUUCUUUGCCAUUGUAGAUUGUUAAGGGCAGUGGAGGUAGAAUGCUCCUUGGGUAUUAGAGUUUCAAUUAUGAAGUCUCUAAUGAUGUAUUGUCUUCACCUCUGCUACUCAAUUAGUAUUUACUGUGUCUUUGGCUUGUGCUAGGCCCCCAGGUGUGAAGCACAGACCCCUUCCAGGGUUCACAGUCUAUUUGGGACUCCUCAGUUCUUACCACUUUUUUUUUUUAAUCUCCACCAGCCAUUUUUCAGACCUUUUAACUCCACAGCUCCCACACUGAUUUCCCCCUUUUGCAUUCUCCCUCCUUCCCUUUCUUGUAGUCUUUAGACUUUCAUUGGAAAUUAGGAUGUAAAUCUGCAGGAUACCUAGAGGACACAGGAUAAUUUGUGUCUCAGUUAAGUGUGAGUAAACCAAGAAACAACGACUACUUCUUGCAUAUUUUGUAACUUCUGUGUGAGGGUUUUCAGCAUUGAUAUUUAUCUAUGCAUUUUCUAAACAGAGAUGAGGUAUUAUCUUCACUUAGAACUUUGCUAUUUGAGAAAAAAGAAUAGUUGAAUCUUCUCUUUCUUUACCAGAUGGGCCCAGGGUUUCUCUUUUCUCUGCCAUAAAUGAUUAAUUAAAUAGCUUUUGUGUCUUACAUUGAUAGCCAGCCAUCCAAGGCUCUGUUUAUAUUUUUGGGGGGCAUAUGUUGGGUUCCAUUCUCACCUAUCCCACAACAUAGCCAUAUAUAUAUAUACCCUCUAUUCUUCCUCCAAAUUUAAAGAAUUAUGGGAAAUGAGAGACAUCUCCCCACACCCCAUUUCUCUCUUCACACACAGACUCGUAUUACUGGUAGGAACUUGAGAACUUUACAUCACAAGUUCUCCCAACAUUCACCAAUGAUAUUAAUAUGAUGAUGCUACUUGCAAUUUCUGCUCCUAGGGGAGGGGAGAUAAGAAACUCUCACUCUCUACAGGUUUGGGUACAAGUAGCAACCUGAUUCCAUGGCCGUGGAGAAGCAUGGUGCCCUGCGUUCUCUGAGGAAGUUAGGUUUCAUGACAAUGACAGAUGUAAAGUUGUUUCCUCCUUGUGCUUUUAUUCUUGAAGUUAGAUUGAGGCUGGGAUACAGGUAUGGUAGCUGUUCCACUUUGUUCUGCUGUUGUCUAGAAAAAAUAUUUUGUUUUCCUGUCUAGGAAUGAGAUUAAUUCCUUUCCAGGUAUUUUAUAAUUCUGGGAAGCAAAACCCAUGCCUCACCCUAGCCAUUUUCACUGUUAUCCUCUUUAGAUGGCCAUGAAAAGGAUGCUGUGAAAUUCCCAAGGAGCACCGAUGUUGACAGUCAUGCAGUCUGGGAGUGGGGAAGUGAUCUUUCAUUCCCAUCCUUCUCUUUUAGCAGUAAAAUACCUGAGGGAAAGGGAAGUUAUGGGAAUACCUGUGGUGGUUUUAUAGUUGCUAAAAAGUGAUCCCUAGGUCUUGGGAGCUCUUGGAGUCUUCUGUGGGAAACUAGUAGGCUCAUUUACUAUUUUAGGUCUAACCUGUGUGGAUUUUUUUCCUUACAUACCUAAGCAAACCCGCUGUCAGGAUGGUCAUUCUUAUUCUUUCAUUCAGUUAAGUUUUUUCCUUCAUCUGGGCACUAAAGUGUUAUGCGAAACAAUGUUAACAUUUUUGGUAGUCUUCAACCAGGGAUUGUUUUUGUUUAACUUCUUAUAGGAAAGCUUGAGUAAAAUAAAUAUUAUCUUUUUGUAUGUCA